GUGCCAUCUGGCUCUUUGGAGCUGCCCUAUCUUUGGUUGCAUUCUCGAUAAUAAUAAUAACAACACCUCAGACGAGCUGUUGUACUGGCCACUCUCGCUACUGCCAAUUGCCGCUAGCCGACACCCUAAUUCCUGCGAGUAUCCAUUGUUUCGCUCCGGCAGUGGGGCCUUGCGCUGCUGUCGUUCGCGAUAAAAAGAUCGCCUCAGUCCCUGUCCUCGACCUCGAUCCUUCUUCUUUCUCUCUGUGAAUAUUCUCUGCCGCAGAGUCCCAGCUCCUCUCAUCCACCACCGUACGAUCGUUGUCGAGGACAGUGUACUUGAUUCCGCAUUCCCUCAGUCCAUCAUGGCUGAUACCAAGGCCGCCGAGGCCGAUGUCUACCAGUCGUCUGAGCAGACCGCUGGCACCGCCGCUGUUGCCGACACGCUCCCUGCUGGAUGGAUGUACAAGCGCUUCAAGAUCGGCGCAUGGGCAUUGCCAUGGUACGCCUCUCCCAAGAUCCAACUUGGUAUGAUCGCCUUCGUGUGUUUCCUGUGCCCCGGCAUGUACAACGCCCUCUCGGGCCUUGGUGGUGGUGGUCGCUCGGGCACUGACACUGAGCUGGCCGAUAAGAUGAACAUUGCUCUCUACUCGACAUUCGCUGUCGUUGGUUUCUUCGCUGGUAGCAUCGUCAACCGUAUCGGUAUUCGCAUCAGUUUGGCCUUUGGUGGUAUUGGUUAUACGCUCUACUCGAUUUCGCUGCUUGUCUCCGUGCACGAUAGUGUGGACGGCUUCAACAUUUUCGCUGGUGCUUUCCUGGGUAUCUGCGCUGCUAUCCUUUGGACUGCCCAGGGUGUCAUCAUGGUUUCGUACCCGACUGAGGAGCAAAAGGGUCGCUACUUCGCUUGGUUCUGGGCCAUCUUCAACGUUGGUGCUUGCAUUGGUUCCUUGAUUCCCCUGGGCCAGAACAUCCACACCACAACUGACAGCACCGUCAACGAUGGAACCUAUAUCGCCUUCAUCGUUCUCAUGUUUGUCGGUGCUUGCCUGGCCGUGUUCCUGUGCGAUGGUCAGAGGAUUAUCCGUUCCGAUGGCACCAAGGUCGUCAUGAUGCAGAACCCCAGCUGGAAGUCCGAGUUCAUUGGCAUGUGGACCACCCUCCGUGCUGAGCCCUUCGUCAUCCUGCUCUUUCCCAUGUUCUUCUCCUCCAACUGGUUCUACACCUACCAGCAAAACGCCAUCAAUGCUGCCUACUUCAAUACCCGUACUCGUUCUUUGAACGGUUUCCUGUACUGGUUCGCUCAAAUUGUUGCUGCCUCGAUUAUCGGUCCUCUUCUCGAUCUCAAGGGAAUCCGCCGUACUGUUCGUGCCAGGAUCAUGCUUGUUGUUCUCAUCAGUCUCACCCUCGUUAUCUACGGUGGUGGCUAUGCCUGGCAGAAGAACUACACCCGCGAGUCCGUCGGUAAAGGCAGCGGCUUUGUUUCCUGGGAUUGGACACAUGACGGCUAUGCAGGCCCUAUGUUCCUGUACUUCUUCUACGGAUUCUACGAUGCUGUCUGGCAAGGCGCUGUUUACUGGAUUAUGGGUGCUCUCUCCAACUCUGGUCGCCGUACUGCCAACUACGUCGGUUUCUACAAGGGUAUCCAGUCCGCCGGUUCCGCCGUCAUGUGGUCUCUCGACAAGGACAAGACCUCCUUCAUGGGCGAAUUCGCUUCCAACUGGGGUCUCCUGCUGGGCUCUCUUGUCGUCGCCGCCCCAGUCAUUCUGAUCCGUAUCCGCGACCACAUUGAUCUCGAGGAUGAUCUUGUCGACGUUGACGAGACCGCCGAAACCGUUCUCCGCACCGCCCCUCCCGUUGAGAAAUCAUAAAUAAGCGUAGAUACAACCUUUCCCUUGAUGGGAAAAUUAUAACUUGCAAAAGAAACAAUUCCUUUUUGGUUUGAUUUGAUUUUGCAGGCUGCGUUUGUUUAUUAGCGAUACCACGCAUACAUGGAUGCCAAUUUCCAUGUGUUGCAUCGAUCUUUUACUUUCUCCUUCAAUUCAUGCUUACAUGUUGGCUGUACAGUUAUUUACAUACUAUUUUGGUCUCUCGGGUGUGUGGAGCAUGUUUAUACUUAAUAAUGAUACCAUGUGGAUAACAUUGUCAACGUCAACUCUUGAUGCAUAUCUACCUCGCUCGUAGUACAUAAUCAGCAUGCAGUCUCGAAUCUUGAUUUCAUCCACCUUAGUGCU